GCUAGAGAUGUUUUUUUUUUUUCUUGGUAGAGUGCAUGUGAUCAGCACAGGGCCAAUCAGCACUGUCCAGACAGAGACGUCAGGAGUUCUGCAUCCUCCUAGAGCAGAAAGAAAACUCCUUCUACAAGCUUUAGCUAGUGCUCUGCUGGACACUGAUAGAAGUCACAAGACUGCUCUAACUGCUAAUUAGAAAAGGUAUUUAGCAGUUUAUAUUUACUAAAAUAAUUGCAUUUCCAUGUUCUGUGUAUUGUGGGAGACCAGAUAUAGUGAAGGCAGUGUACUGGG